CAAUAUGGCGUCCGUACUUGUCAAAAUAUUGCUUCAAUGAUGCAUUCCAUCAAAACAAAAAGGGUGAUGUGAUAAACUAACCAUGUGAAUUAAGAAAACUAUCCUCAACAAGAAACUAUACGUAUAUAAGAAAGAAAAUGUUGGGAGGUGCUUACUCCUCACAAUUCAAACACAUGGAGAGGCAACAUGUUGACACUUUGAAAACUCUGGCAGAAAACGAGAAAUCAGAUGCCUUAGCCAGAGCUCGCAAACUAUCCAUUGAAACUAACAAAAGACGCAGAGCAUUGGCCGUCAAGCGGAAGACAGAGGCUGAACGUGAGGAAAAGCGUCGCCAGCAGAUUCUCUCCAAGCGGCGAGAAAAACAGCAGGAGGCGACCGAGAAGUUCCAGCGAUCGCACUUCCCAAGUCGACCAGGCAGUGGCACUAGCAGUGUCUCAAACCGUUGGUCUCCCCGGCGGGCCAACACCCAGCUGGAGGAUGCCCUCAAACUUGUGCGGGGAAACUCGGGGAGCGUUCGCUCAAGCUCAGCCAAGUCUCGCACCUCCCACGCCCAACAUGGCCACCGAAGCCCCUCCUACUACAGGCAAAACUCAGACCCACUCAGUAAACCAUACUUUAACAAGUAUGCCCACCCUUCUAUAAAUAGUAGUGGACAGGAGGAUCUGCAUAACAAGAGUUUGCGUAACUUGAAUAAUAGCCGAACACUUUUCGAACAACAAUUGGAGACUUACCAGCAAUCCCUGCUACAACAGCAGCAGAAAUCACUGCGAGACUUUAACCAGCAGGUGAUGCAAGAAAUAGAAAAUGAGGAUGUGCUUAAUGUUGAGCAGAAUGGAUUGGGUGGGGAAAUGGGGCGGAGCGAGAGUCUGUCAUCUGUAGACAGUCUGGAGGAGAAUGGUUCAAAUGACACGGUGAGAGAAAGCUGUGACCUGGAGGGAUAUAUGGGUCAGAAACAAAACAGUGGGGUAAAUGGGGUAUCGGGGAAUAAUAGUAAUUGUUAUAUUAAUGGGACAAGAAAUGUUUCCUUUGCAGAUAACGAUAAGAGUUCAAUAAGAACUGUCACUAAUGUCAAUACGUCUUCUUAUCAAAAUAAUAAUUCACAUGGGUCACAGAAUAUAGAUUCCUACAAUGCACAAGUUCAGGCCUUAUUGAAAUCUUCCCCAAAACCUUCAGAGCAACAGAAAGAGCAGUUUUACCUGCAGCGACAGAAGGAGAUACAUCAACAAUUAGCUGAUCAGGAACAGAAGAAACAACAAGAACAGCGAGCAUUGGAGAAGCAACAGAAACAGCAGCUGUUGCUUCAACAACAAUAUGAGAAACAACAACAGGAACAGUUGCAGCUGGAGAAACGACGACAAAUGCUUGAACAGCAGAAGCAGCAACAAGAAAACAUAAAGAAGCAGGAGGAAAAUCCGCGACCAAAAGUGGAGGUGAAAGCUUGGACGACACCGUCCCCCCAUCCACCUUCCCAGGCCAGCGUGAUGGGAACACAGCCCACCCUGGUCACAAAUGCCUCCCCUUAUUCUGGUAGGUCCACCAACACCAACAUGACAGUGCCACUGUAUGAAAAUCUGUCCAGUCCAAAUAAUACAACAUCUGUCAGUUCAAAAAGCACUGUUGUGUCUGAACCUUACACCCUGACUGGAAAUGGUGCUUACAACAGUAAUGACAAUUCUAAUGUGGUCAAAAAUGUAAGGGCUGAUCGUGUUCAGCCCUCAGCUUUACAAUCUGAUUAUUCAAGUGCUCAAGAAAGAAGUGUUUCUUUUCUAGAAACAGUGACUAAUGGUUUACCUGUGAAACCAGAACAGAGCAAAGCUACAGUGGUAAAUGCUGUGACCAGUGUAGGAUAUGCCAGUACAGCAACAUCUUUACCACAGAACUCUAGCACAAUUUCAGCACCACAACGUACAGUACAACAGAUGUCCACAAAACCCAGUUCUGCUGCUCAACAGCUAUCUCCUAAGCCUAGCACAGCCCAAGCUACAAAGAUCACUCCCACCCCACCGGCCACCACUGUUACUACUAAACCUCCGCCAAACCCAGCUAACUACGGUAACUCUUAUGGCGCUGCAUUUGCUGCUAAACAAAACCAGCAGCAACAGAAGUCAUCAUCUGUCAGCAGCCAGCAGAAACCCAACGAAACUGUGUGUUCCACAAAGUCUGAUUCCUCCAGCUCAACAAGGUUGACAAUGACAACUGGCACAGUGCCAUUAUCAUGGGGUGACCAGAGCGCAACCAAAGUCCCGUAUAUGAUGGGGCCCUCCACGGCUGUGAACGGGGAUGAUAUUGCAGACACGGACUCUGUCAGCACCAUUUGUGAUGAAAAAGAACCUGAACCAAAAGAGGUGAAAAGCAUUCUAAAACGUCCACCAAGCGGGAAGAAAGGCGGGAUCCUGAAGAAGUCUGGGUCCACGGGAAACAUGCGAGAUAUCCGGGACAGCUUGGAGAUUACCCGUGUCCACUUGCAGACCAGCGCAGAGGAGCAAGAACAACGGAUGUUAAGAGAAAAAGAAAAGCGCAACAAAUCUGCAACUACGCCAACAAAGAAGAAUGUUCGGUUUGAUGACAUGUGUUACUAUGACGAGCCAGAACAUUACAGUUCAGAUGAUAAGAUAUUUGUGAGGAGGGAUGAUGCAGGAAGUGAAAAACCUACAAGGCCGGUGUCAGCCGUGACUCCCAAGUCAUCCAGGGUGGACAGCAAGCCUCCACGGGCUACCAGUGCCACCGUGCGCACAAGCACAAUACCCCGUGCCAAGACACAGGUUGUCCGACCCCAGGGUACUGCGCAUAUUAUCACCCAGAGCACACUAAACCUUGACCCAACUGGUGGGAACGAGAAAAUGACCAUUGUCAAUGGCAACUUCAUGGAGAAAGUGCCUGCAAUGGCACGAGCCAAUCAAACAGCAGUGACUGUUGCUCCGGUGACAGUGUACAAUACUUCUACAAGUUACAUGAAGCCAGAACCACCACAGAAGGGCAGCUAUGCUGUCACAAGCAUUAUAAUGCCCAAGGGUGACAGUGCUCCAUUUUUGUACCCCAAUGGUAAACAAGUGAUGACCAGUCAGGGCCCAGCCCCUGCUUGUAGUAUGAAUGGCCCUACCCAGACCAGUGCUGGAUCUAAACAUGAAGGGGCUGUAUAUGAUGACAAUGGUUUAAGAAUUGACAGGACUCCUACUGAUGAUGAGAUCAACUUCCUGUGGGACAAGCUACGAACAUGUCUCAGCAGGAACUCCACAGCCACGCCUGACAAGGGACAGACUCCAGUAGGACCAGACGGAAAUCAGACCGGGCCUAGGCAGGCCGCUCCCGUGGCUCACACAUACAUUGAUGGCAAUACCCUAGGCCAGUUUAACAGUCUCAACAGGGUAGCACAGCCACCUCACACCAACAACACUAACAAUCCUGCCAUUCGUCGUCAAAACUCAUUAGACAAUGCUGCUGCUGCAAACACAUACACAAGGAGAUACGGCUUGCUGCAGCAGAGAAAGCAGCAGCCAAACCCCCAAAGCCUCAAGUCCAGGCAGGCCUCCCCCCAGCAGGGGUACACUGUUUACCAAGCUCCUGUCCAAAGCCAUGCCGAACCACAGACAACCGGCAACCCUUUCCAGAAUGGAGCUGACGUGAGUGAGAGUCUGGCAGGUUUCCUGGCAGCAGAGCAGCUCGCGAACCAGUCUGUGUCAGAGAGCCACAUACACCAGGCCAUAGACGAGGCCCAGACCAGGCAGCAAGCUGUCAUAGCAACCAAGCCUAAAAUGAAGUCAGCACUGUCUGUGGAGGAACAGAGGCUGAUGCAGUCCCUGGAUCGUCUCAAUGAACAGUUACAAGUGACAGAAGGGCAGAUACCAGUCAACGGCACAACGAACCAGCCAGUACCAACACAACAACAACAGCAAGAGCAGCAGCAGAGGCAACAUGUUGUCCAUCGUUCAUCAUUUCUUAAUGAAGAUGGAAAGCAUGAGGCUGGUGGGCAGUCAGACCCAGACGAGACAGUGUCAGGAUUCAAGGGUCAUGCACCGCUCACGGCCCAGCGCCGCAUCAUUGAAACCGGGAAUCACAAGGCAAGAUUACGGAUCACUUCAGCAGCGUUGAAACGAAAUGUACACAGACAGCAGUAGUGUUCCACCAUUACACAUUGUUAAUACAAAUGUAUGUGUUUUGUGCCCUUCCAUUACUGAAGCAGUUUUGGGACAGAAAUAUUUCUCUGGGCUGUGCAAUUUGCGCAUUUAGAGGAUGGGUUAUUUUCUCUGUCAAAUCUCUUUCCAUGAGCUGAAGAUGGCUGUAUCUGAAGGCUGUUAGACCUAGGCUGGGGUGAUGAUCCUAGCUCAUAUUUAUCAACACUAUAGGGUCCAGUUCCUAUGAAGGGUUAUAGUUUUAAGUUUAAACCUCAUGUCAGAGGGAUAUCACAAAUGGGUUUUAUUUUAUUAGUAAUACAAAAUUAUGAAACUAAGGUAUAUUAAGUUGAAUAUAUGACUAAAUCUUAAUUGAAACAGGUUUUUGUACUGCUGGCAUUUUAUUGCAUCCGUCUUUUACCAAUCUGCUUCAAUUCCUACAUGAUAUGUUAUAAACUUUUUUUUUUAAAUUUACUUGUUUAUAGAGCUGAUGAACUGGAAGGCUUGUAGUUUAGGCCUGAAAUGCAAUAGUGUGAGUUUAUAUUCACUUUAACUGUGAUGUAUCAAGUAUUUAGAGGACCAUUUUCAGUCAUUCAAGUCAGUCAUUAUUCUUUUGUGUUGAGUAUAAAAUGGAGAAUUUAUCACUGGCAACAUUGAUUAAAAUAAUUCUGGUGGGGGUACAUCCAUAAAACCAAUUUUUCAUUUAAUUUCGGAAAGAUUGGUUUCAAGUUGGACAUUAUCAAUAUAAUUAUGUACCUGCUGAAUACAUGCUGGUAAAAGAGCAGUAAUAGCAAAACACUACUUGUAUGGUAGUACUGUAUGUGUGGACUACUUUUAGAGUUAUGUAUAUAUAUUUACAAACUUACGUCGAGAGGCUAUCAAAGACAAGUGUAAAAUGUGUGUCUGCAUCAGACAGACUUGUCCGCACAAAGUGAGUUUGAAUGUUUCUUGUAUAUAUAUACAUGUAUGAACAGUUCUUCAUGGGGCUAACUCUUACGACUCAGAACUCCAACUGCAAUCUAAGACUUUAUUUGUGGCUACAUGUAUAUGUGCAAGUAGAAAUCCUUCCAUUCCAAAUUUAUAUCGGAAAUCCCUGAAUAUCUACCUCUUAACUUUUUUUGGUUUUGUUGCGUUUCUUCAAUCUUACUAACACUAAGUAAAGAAAUUUCUAAAGCAUAACAUACGAAAUAUGUACAAGUUCAUUUUUGCGUGUUCUGUUUACUUUUUCUAUUGAAAUUUUGAGAGCUUUGCUCACUUUGUUGUGAACUGUCAAUCAUUGAUGAAGCUAUUAGAACAUGAAUAUAAUGAACAGCAUAUAUCUUAAUUUUACCAAUUCUUCUUUAUCAGGAAUUGAUUGAUCUCUCAAGCUGUAGAUAAAUUUAGUUUUAGCAGUAAAUAUUAAAUAACACUGUUUCGAUAUAUACUAUGAAAAUGACUGCAGAAAAAGCAAUAUUUUAAGAUGACUUUAUUCUGAAAGUUGUCUCAAGCUUUGGGGUAGAACCGCUCUGUAUCACAGUUACAUCUGUGUUUCAAAUAGUUGAGGUAAACCUCAUGUACUUUAACAUCAACCGGCUUGGCUUUAUUUUGAACAUAUUCCUUUAAGGCACAGUUGUUUUUUUCUCCUAGUUUAUUAUGAAUAAAUGUUUAUUCCAUAAUGGGCUCUUUUUGAAUUUGCCUUGUGCACAAUACUGAUAGUCUACAUUCCAUUUUCUGUUUUAAAUGGGAAACAACAUAUUAAAUACAAGAAUUAUUUCUAAGACUUGUAAGCUCCUUUUUUAGAUGCUAUGUAAGGAAUUAUUAAAAUUUUAAAAUGUAUUUAUUUAUUGUUUACAAAAAGUAUUUCAUGUGAGUUUGUGUUGAAUGUGAUAAAUGUUCUAUUCCGUCCCAUCCUUAUGUGAUAAUUGUUCUAUUCCAUCCCUUUAUCAUGUGAUAAAUGUUCUAUUCCGUCCCAUCGUCAUGUGAUAGUUAAGAUUUUACAUGUGUAUCUAUAUGUACAGGUUAUACAUUCCUGAAUCAUGUGUUCAUAAAUUUCCACAAGAGCAAAUAAAUCAUCGUUCUAUAUAUAUUUUGUUUGCACACAUGUUUCAAUGAAAGCUCAUCUGUAAAUGCAAGGAGUUUUAACAGAAGGAGAGAUUGUAAUGCAAUCAAUGAUAACAUAUUCCACUGAAACCAAAUUCACUUACAUCUUGCGUCCACUCUCACAACCUAGUUUCAAAUGUUACAUACAAUUAUUGAUUAAACUUUGCUCUAUGAGCAAGACUUUUAACAGUUAAAUACAUUAUAAAGAACUGUACCGGUAUGCAGUUUUAUAUCUUAAAACAUAUAAAAAAUAUGUACAUGAAAUACCACCCCAGGAGUAUAAAAUACCACACCAGGGGUACAUAAUAACGUACUGGGGUAUAUAAUACUACCCCAGUGGCAUCAUAUUCCAUCAAAGGCAUACAUAAUACCAGCCCAGGGGUAUAGAGUACCACCCCAGGGGUACAUACCGUAAUACUGCCCAAGGGAUUCAAAUUCCAUCCAAGGCAUACAUAAUACCAUCCCAGAGGUAAAAGUACCACCCCAGGGGUACGGUAGUCAUACUUGUAGUUUCUCUAUUGGUGCUUUAAGAACAUAUAUGUUAGACUUUCUGCAUUGGUUUAUCAAAAAGAGGUGAUUAUAGAAGACUAUGUCAUUGCAGAAGAAAAUGAAUGUUUUUGUACACUUUAUUUGUAUAAUCAUUUUGUCCACAGAACUUAUUAAAGGAUAAUAUUGAAAUGUAUACAUGUCAGAUUUUUUAUGUAAUUAUUCAAUAUUUAGCUGUUAAUAUUUGUUUAGUUUGUAUUUAUGAUCAUUGAUCUUAACUCCUGUGAUAAAGUUACAUUGUGGGAAUAAAUUUAU